AUGUCCCAGACCAUUGUUGCUCCUGUCCAGGCUCUCACCAUCACAGCCGAGCCUGAGCUGUCAGCCGUGCCGGAGGUGCCUGUGUUUAACAAUGCCACGGCUACGGUUGACGAGGUUAUCCAGGGCCUGAUCAUGGCUGGCGGUGUCGUGAUCAAAAAUGCCGUCACGGCUGAGGACCUGGCUGCCAUCGAGAAAGACACUCGGCCCUUUCUCGAUGCCGACACGGAGUGGAAUGGCGAGUUCUUCCCCAAGGAGACCCGCCGGGUCAAUGGGCUGGCCGAGAAGUCGGCCGUGUUCAUGAACAGCAUCGUGCGCAACAAGCUGUAUCAGGAGGUCUGCAAGACUCUGCUCUCCAGCAGCCACCGCAGCUGGCUGGGCGACGAGCAGAUCACCAGCGUGUCUACACCACAGCUCAACAACACCAUCAUCUUCUCCAUCGGCCCCGGUGCCCGUGCCCAAGGCUUACACCGUGACGACAUGAUCCACCACAAUGUCACCCACAGCAUGGAGCCCAAGGACUACAAGAUCGGCCAGGACACCGGCAUCGGCUUCUUUGUCGGCGCCAAGAAGACGACCAAGCAGAACGGCGCCACUCGCUUCAUCCCUGGCUCGCAUCUUUGGGACACCGACCGGCGGCCGCAGGAGAGCCAGGCCGUCUUUGCCGAGCUCAACCCCGGCGACGGCUUCAUCAUGCUGGCGUCCUGUCUGCACGGCGGUUCGGCCAACACGACCACAGACGAAGAGCGCCUGGUUUACAGCUGCUUCAUGACCAAGGGCUUUCUGCGCCAGGAGGAGAACCAGUACAUAAACAACAGCCGCGAGAAGCUCAAGACACUGUACGCAGAGGACAUGAACAUGCUGAAGCUGAUCGGUUAUGAUCUCAGCGCUCCUUUCCUUGGUUGGGUAGAGGGCGGCCAUCCUCUGCGGAAAUUGUACCCAGAGUACGCUGGGAACGAGGACAUGUACUAA